GCUUAGAGAAUGAAACAAGAAUAAAUGAAUCAGAAGAGGAAGAAAUCUUUUGGCAUAUAAAGAUUCUACCAAUUCUGCGUGAACUGGAAAAAGUAGAAGACAGUAUAGAAAAUCUUUGUCUGGCUUGCACCAAGCUCUAUCAAGCCUUGAAUGAAGGAAGUAUGCUUGGAAAAAUAUUUGAAAGAAGAAGUGUGCUUUUGAAGACAUUAUAUAAACUUGUAGACAUUAAUUCAGAUCCACUUUGCCUGAAGCUGGCAAAGAUUAUUCUGGCUAUGAAAGUGGAUGGGAAAAAUCUUCUCAGUGUUUGCAAACUUGCAUUUAAAAUUUGCAGGAAUGAAAAAAAUGAUUACAUCAUUCAAAAUGAUAGAUUAUUGGAUUAUUUGUUGGAGGUCCUGAGAACUGAAGAUCUAGAAAAAAACAGUGAAGCUCUCCUGUAUUGCAUGGGAGCUAUAAAAUUCAUGUCUGGAAAUGCAGUACUCCUUAAUGAAAUGGUCGACAAAGGAGCUGUUGAAAUGUUGCUGCAAUUAAUGAAGCAGAUUAAUAAUAUAAAAGAAAAUGAUGUGUAUUUCUCCAGCUUGGGCCACCUAUUAGUCCAGCUGACAGCUACUUUGCGAAACUUGGCUGACUUACCUCCGGCAAGAUGCCAACUCGUUUGCACUGGUGCAGCCUCUGAGCUCUGUGUGGCGCUAGAGCAGCGUAUGAAUGAUAAGGAUGUAUGCACCUACAUUGUCAGGAUAUUCAGCAAACUUUCCUCUUACGGUGACUUCUGUGCAGCUUUAGCAGACUGCUCCAGAUGUUACGUCUUAUUUUUAGCCCUACUAAACAAACACCAGAAGCAGCAGGAUUUGGUUAUCCGUAUCAUCUUCAUUCUUGGUAAUUUAACAGCAAAGAAUAACCAGGCCCGUGAGCAAUUUUUUAAAGAAAAAGGAAGUAUUAACACCUUGGUAUCGUUAUUCCAAACCUACCAUGAACUUGAUUUGAAUGCACAGAAAUGGUACCAUGAAAGAGGAGGGGAAAGAAAAAAAUACCCAAAGCAUCCUUCAGAAGCGGAAGAUGUUCUUAUAAAACUGAUAAGAAUGCUGGCCAACCUCUCCGUUCAUCCCAGCGUAGGAGCAGCUCUGGCAGCUGCCCAUCAUGUUGUAGAAUUACUUGUUACGGUACUAGAAUACAAGUCAGUUGAUGACUGUGAGGAGUUGGUCAUCAAUGCUGCAACAACAAUCAACAAUUUGUCCUACUACAAAGUGAAGAGUUCUGCUGUUGAAGACAAGAAGCUACACAUUGCUGAAAUGCUUUUGAAGCUGUUAAUGAGCAACAGUAUGGAUGGAGUUGUGGAGGCUGUCAGAGUCUUUGGCAAUCUUUCCCAGUAUCAUGAGAUCUGUGACUUCAUCAUGCAGAAAAAGAUAUACAGGUUCAUGAUUGCUUUGCUUGAUGCCAAGAACCAAGAUGUCUGUUUUUCUGCCUGUGGAGUUCUGCUCAAUCUCACAGUAGAUAAGGACAAACGAGUUUUUCUGAUGGAAGAAGGAGGAAUUGGAAAGUUAGUUGACUGUUUACAAGACUUCGGGCCAGCAGACUGGCAGCUGGCAUGUUUGAUAUGCAAAACCCUGUGGAACUACAGUGACAACAUCACAAGCGCGGCCUCAAGCUUCGGAGAAUACACCGACACGUUGCUGGUGCUGCUCACAUCCCUCUUAGAUGAAGAGCUAGUGUCGGAUUACAGCCUCGACAGAGAUUUAAGGGACUACCACAAACUAUAUCGGGAAACAGAGUUCAAACCUGUGGCAGAAAAACUUCUUGACAGAAUUCAAAGUCAUCACUCCUUUCUUCCAACUGUGACUGUGACUCCAUUUUAA